CUUAAUUAGCAGUUGUUUUUAAGCCUAAAGGUUUAUUUUAUCGCCGCUUUAGAGAGCUACUUUAAAAAUACGGGGAAGGUUCCUUUUUUUCUAGUUUCUCGAAGGACUUCUUCAAGAUCAAGAGUGUUCAAUAUGUUUUAUGUCACUGUGGUCCUGGUUGUAAUCGGUCAGCUGGUCAGCGCCGAUCUAAAUCAGCAGUUGGCCCUGUCAACGGCAUGUUCAGACUUUUCCCAGAAACUUUAUCAGAAGAUUUCUGUCAGAGAGUUUAAUUCUGUGUACUCUCCCUACAGCAUCCAUUCGGCAUUGACGAUGGCAUCACUUGGUGCAAGGGGAAAUACCGCUACUGAGUUAAGCAGAACACUUUCUAUUACUUCCCUUGGUGAUUCGGUGCAUACUAUUUACAAGGAACUUAUUCAACAGAUUAAUGGAAUAAGAGAUGUCCAGACCUACACAGCCAACGCUAUCUUCCUGAAUCCUAAAUUUCAAACUGCCCCAUCGUUCAUCCAAGAGACCUUGAACUAUUAUUCUGCUCGGACUGACAGCAUUAACUUCUCGGCUGCCGGUGGACCUGAGAAGCCUAUCAAUGAUUACAUCGCCAGUAAAACCAACAAUAUGGUCGUCAACACACUGGCUCAAGGAACCGUAACUCCAGCCACCGCAAUGCUUUUAAUCAACACCAUCUUCUUUAAUGGAACAUGGGAAACAUCUUUCAAAGACGCCUUAACGAAGAAAAAAGAUUUUCGCCAAUCGAUCAGCACGGUCAAGAUAGUGGACAUGAUGCUGGAUAAUGACAGAACUUUGAAUAUUAAAAGAGAUAAUACCAUUGGCGUUGAUGUUGCUGAAUUUCCUUUCAAAGGAGGUAGAUUUAGUUUUUACAUUGCAUUACCCCAGACCGCUGAAGCCAUCACUGAACUAGAAAUGUUGCUGCCCCUGCCUGGAAAGACCAGUCAACUAUUUGUUGGACUAACCCCUGUCAGAGCCAAAGUCGAAAUCCCGAAGUUUAAAAUAGAGACCUCUUUGAAACUCAAGAAAACAUUGGUGGAGCUCGGCAUUAGUGACGCUUUCAACCCAGCGAGAGCGGACUUUACUGGAAUCACUCUUUCAGGUCAACUCUCCUUUGAUGAAGUCAUACACAAGGCUGUGAUUGAUGUCCGAGAAACUGGUACCGUAGCUGCUGCUGCCACAGUAAUAUCCUCCCUCAAGUCACUUCCUUUGCCACCAGCAGCGUCAUUCAUUGCCAAUCAUCCGUUCGUGUACUUUCUGAGAGACAAGGUCACUGGACAGAUCCUGUUCCAGGGGAAGUUUUCGGGUUAACUCUGCUCGUCAUUCAUUGGUUAAUAAAAGAGACUUUAAUUGUU